GCUAGGGGCGGAAUGUCUCCCUGACAACCAGGGCUACCCGAACGGAGACGAGACUCCUAAACAAACUUCUCCAAACAGCGAGAGCAGAAAGCUUUAAAAUGGCUGAACCAGCAGAAAGCAAGAAGGAGGAGGCCGACUACAAGAGAGUGCACAGCUUCCCUCUCGUCCGGCACACAGACAUGCCAGAGGAGAUGAGAGUAGAGACUAUGGAGCUCUGUGUCACUGCUUGUGAGAAAUACGCCACAAACAAUGAGAACGCCGCUAAGAUGAUCAAGGAGUCCAUGGAUAAGAAGUUCGGCUCUUCGUGGCACGUAGUGAUUGGGGAGGGCUUCGGGUUUGAGGUGACCCACGAGGUGAAGAACCUGCUCUACAUGUUCUUCGGAGGGAGCCUGGCCGUGUGCGUGUGGAAGUGCUCCUAGCAGAGCCACACUCAGCAAAGCACAGGGACUCGCAAUCUCUCUCUCUCUGGAUCAGGUUUAUUCAUGAGCUGUAGAUCCAUGCUAAGCUCACACUACUUUAUUGUUCUAAAGUUAAACUGUAGGAAAUGAAGCGUUUACUCCUGAGAAACAUUCACAUUACAAAAUGGCUUUAAAGUGCUUGUAGCUAAUCACAUAAUUAUAUAUCUUACCUGGUUUGUUUGGUUUCCAUUGGCUACAUACAGGUAUGGCCAAAAGUUUUGCAUCACCUCGAAUUUUGGGAUUGAGACAUCAUUUAAAAAAUAUAUAUGAGCAUCAUUUUGUAUCUUUUAUUUAACAUCAUGUAAUCAAAGAAACUAUAAAAUGAUAUCGCGAAAGUCUCCUGGAAGCCAUAAUAGUAGUACAUUAGUAUUUCAUGUUAGAUUUCAAAAUUUCACAAAACUACAAAGCGGUGUGUAAUUCAAUGUGUUAACGUAACAUUAUUCAGCAGGUUUCAUUCGACUUUAUAAAGCAAAAUUAGUUAAUUCUGUAGGGGGAUGCAACACUUUUGGCCAGAGCUGUAAGUCUCAAGCAUGCAGGUUUGAAAGAAACACAUAGUGUAACAUGUAUUUUCCUUUUUAUGUACUAUUAAUUAGUCAAUUAGCAUAUGCUUUUAUUACAACAGGACCUCGGUUUUUCGUCUCCUCUGAAAUAGUUUCCAGGCUUUGCUCUCAAGAAAUCUGGAGCACUACCUGGGUUACCUCAGCAGUGUCAGCCGGUAGGGGAAGCUGCUGGCUGGUUAUUAACCCUCCAGGUGAACAAGAACAUGCAACAAUAUCUGAAAGCAUUGCUUGCAAAAAUAGAUUUUUUUACCCCAAUAGAUUUUCAUGUUUAAUAUAAUGUAAUAUUUUUCAAAACUGCAAAUUUGAGACCUCUAUAACGAAUAGAAGUACACAACAGGUAAGAUUCACAGGAUUCUUUUAUUAGCUGCAAACACUUAUAGAGACAUUUAAUUAUAUCAGUGAGUUGUUUUGUGAAACGUGCUCUGUUACUUUUCUCCUUUUAUGGAAUAGAGUAAUUGAUUUGAAAAUAUGUUGUGGCAGGAUCAACAAAGAGACUUGAGAAUGAAAAACACAGGAACGCUUUCCAAACUAUUUUAUAGAAACCAGAAAGAUCACCAAACCUGAUUAUACGGUGCUUUGCCCUGUAUGAAAGUUGCUGCUGUUCACAUUUGUGUUUUGGUUCCCUGAGCUAACAUAUGGCGUCGAUAACCCCCUACUGCUGAAGGUAGCAGCAGGAGGAUGGCUGUUUAGUUCACAAUGGAGCAGAUGGAAAAUAUUGUGGGCCUGCCUGCAGCUAAAUCUGCCUCAGGCAGGCAAGCCAACAAAGUCUGGUUUCAAAUUUUGGAAGUGCUAGACUAGAACUUACAAAAGCUGUUAUUCCUUUAAAGGAAAAUAAAAAAUGGUGCAAACUUUGCAUUGGAGCAUCUCUCUCUGUGUCUCUCUUGUAAGGAGAGGGGUUUAGGGAGAACUGAAUUGAAUAUCAUCUCUCUCUGUCAAUUUCAACUGCACUAAAAUGACACAUUUUUACUGUUUUAUUAAUGUAAAAAAAAGCUGCAAAAAAAGUCAUUUUUUUAUUGGUCCAGACUUGUGUAGAAAAAAACUUUUUUCCAACCUUUUGUUGGAUCAACUCAUAGGGCUAACUUAUAAACUUUGGACACUAUAGGGUGAAAGUAGGUUUGUACAGGUAAGAUGAUUUAGACCAGGGAUAUCCAACUGAUGGUUAAAAGCUUCAGAAUAUGUGUUUUUAGAGAGGGGGGGGGGGGUAUGCAUGUUAAUUUUGUCUAUUGUAGUCAACACUAAUGAAGACACUAGCCAAAACGUUUGUCUGUUGACAAAACUGGAUUGUAUCAACCACUAACUUUUAGGGAGAAUCCUGUUUUAUAGGUAGUUGAUACAAUCCAUAGCGACUCCUCAGUUCUGUAAAAUCUGACUCAUCCUUCUGGGAAAUGGGUUGAUCAAAUCAGCCCCUUUCUUAUAAGUUUUACCUUGCAUUGUUUUUUUUAGUUAAAAUGUAAUGCUAAAAUGCCUUAUUGUCUUACUGAGUUCGAAGCAAAGAACAAAAAAAACAUCAAAAUGCUGGCAGCACCACCUCAGCUGAACUUUUCUUUGCUCUCUUGCGUAAUUUAUAUACUGUGAAUGAUGUUUUGUUUGCAGGAGCAACAAUGGUGACCUUUAUUUAACCAGGAAAAUCCCAUUGAGAUUAAAAUCUCUUUUUCAUGGGAGAACUGGUCAAGAAGGUUGCAUGUAAUACAAAAUUUAUAUUUAUAUAUAUAAUUUACAAAAUGAAGACAAACAAGUUAAUCAAAUUAUACAAAGCAAUUUAGGGGCUUCGCCCAAAACAAAAACAUGUCUCAACUGCAUAGAAACUUAGUCUGAGAUCUAAGAUUAUAAAUACUACCAGAGUUCAUUGGCAAUUUAUUAAGAUGAUUUGGGAUGUUGUCAGGGAUAGCCUUAUAAACAAUUAUACACCAGAGUCUUCGUGAUGAUAUGGAAGUCAAGACCAAACAAACUAUAUAAAUCACAAUGAACGUAGUAACCCAGGUUGAUUAUAAAUCUCAAUGCAGAAGUGAAGAAAAAAAAAUAAAAAAUCUGUUUCACUUCACCUUUGCUUUGGCCCAUGCAAUGCACUAUAAAAACAAACAGCAUUACCAAAAAUGUCAACAGGGGUUAUGAGCUGUGUAUAAUUAUUUGUAAGGGAGUUUAGCUUCCUGGUCUUUCUGAUCACUAGUAUGACUUUUAGACUGAAAUGUUGGAUAUCUCUGCUCUGGACUAUUCUUCUAUAUUAUGGGAUUUGUUUGCAUGUUUUUUAUUGUUUGUUUUAAUUGUAUACUUUGUGUAUGAGAGACCGUCCAUAACCUUGCACAUAAAAUCUCCGGAAUGCAGUCCGCCCAGUAUCUCAGUAUUUCAGGUUCUGGUAGUGUAUUUGUGUCUGCUAUUGCAUUAUUUUAUUACAGGAUUAUAAACUCACAGGAGUCCUGCAUCGGGUUUAGCUAUGUUAUUCAAAUGACCAGGUAGGUAGUUGCAAGGAUUUGAUCAAUCAGGCCCUUGCUAAAGGUACUCUGAACCGAUUACACCUAUCAUCACAGCAUGUCUGUAGAUUGUUUAUUAAGCAAGAAAAGCAAGGUGAAAAGAUUUGUUCAAUAAGAUUGAUCAGGUCUGUCUAGUCUAAUGCAUUGGAGGCUUGGUAGUCCAGUAGCUUGUUAGCAGGAGGUUCCCAGUUCAAUCCCAGCUCAGCCGUUGUGUCUGACCCUGAGCAAGUCACUUAACCUCCUUGUGAUCCUCUUUGUGGCACUGCAGCAGCAGUUGUGAUGCAUGGUUUACCCCCAAGUCUCUCUAAGUCGCUAUGGAUAAAAGCAUCUGCUAAAUGACCAAAUAAUAAUAAUAAUAAUAAUAAUAAUAAAUUCAAUUGCGUUCUGAAACCCUGGACUGGGAGCAGGAACCUAAAUCUAACCCUGUAUGAUUUUUUUCAACGCGACAAGGAAACGGUAUGUUAGUCCAAUGUGAUUUGGGAUUGUUUCUUUGAAAGACAAUGCUCACAGACUGUUAUUUUUUUUUAAACAAACAUUUCAUUCAGGGCCAGUUUCAAUCCUUGAAGCAACCCAGACUUUACCUAUCUACAGUAACAGAUGUGCAGCCACGCACCACCAUGCAAAGAGAAUUUACCUUGUAAAAUUUCAUUUUAUAUAUAUAUAUAUUUAGCAUGCUUUAGCUUUUUUCCUUUUAAUUGUUUUGUAUGGAUUUUUACUUGAAUUUUAACGGUUAUUUUUUUGUUUUAAAUUACAAAAAAAUGCUUUGUAAAUAAAUUAAAUGAUUUUGUAUAUUGCUGUUCGCAAUAUAAAUGUAUUAAUAAACAUGAUUUAUGUAUUUCAUGUAUCUUUUAAUAAACUUAUUUAA